AUGAGCGGAAGUGCGCCGCUUCCUUCCGGCCGGCGCCGCACGAGACGGGGCGGGGCGCCCCGGGAGGGGGCGGGGGCUCGCGCUGACGGACGGCUCUCGGGACCUAUGGGCGCGGCCGCCGCGGCCCGGCCUCCCCGGCGCGCCCCUUCCCGGGGGCCGCUGACGCCCCCAGCCCCCCAUUUCCAGGGUGUCGCCCGCAGCCCUGCGCGGUCGGGCCUGGCUGUCUCAGCCUCUGGUUGCGGGCGGGAGCGCGGCCCCGCCCCCGCGGCCCUCGGCGACCCUGCGCGGCCGCCCUCCGUCCGCGCCCGGAACCGCGCUCGAGGACGGCUGAGGCCGCAGGUCUGUGGCUGCGUGUCGGGCCCCGGCGGGCGGCGCGGGCGCCGGGCUUCGGCGGCGGCCUCCGAGUGGGCGCCUGCCGCGGAGUCCGCCGCGACCCCCGAAAGCCCGCGGCGGGGGCGCUGCUCCUGCGGCGCCUCGGGGGCCCGGGGUGGGACGGGGCGCACGCCCGUCGGCCCGAAAUGCGGCGCCCGGGGCGGCGAGGCGGGAGCGAGCCAGCUUGCGGCGGGCGCGCGGGCAGGGCCUGGCUGCUCUCGGCCUCCGCGGCCGCGCGGCCCGCUGUGCAGGCGGCGCCGGCUCCGAACUUCCCGGGCCGUCGGCGUCUGCGGGGCCAGCGGCGGGGGCGCGGGGUGCGGGGACGUGCCGGCCCCCCGUCAUGGAGAAGAAAGUGUCGCGUUCGUCGUCCUCGACAAACGUUUAAGGCGGCCUUCCUUUUAA